GCGUUCUGACAGGAGCGGUUAUCAAUGGGAACUACAUUGAACCGCGAAAGUUUUUAGAAGACGCUGGUGGUAUAGUACUCGAGCGAGUGCGGGACGCUAUCGAAAGACACAACUCUGUGAAAGUGAACACCGCAUUCAAUGGCGUAUUUGUAACGGGCGACAAACGCGCCAAUAAAAGUAUUACCACGAAAAACAGUGAUCUCUUUAGAACAUCGGACUUGGAUGAGUGGUACGAGCGGUGCGUUAUCGAGCCCACGUUAGCAUCGCUCGAGGAAUUCCAAGAACGCGAUAGUGGGUGGGCGUUGUCGCGUAUACAGAAUUUGACUGUAAAUGUGAAUAAGUACAAUUCUAUGCGCGCGGGAUGUCACAUGACAUUACCGCGGGAAAUAAUAACAAAGCGUGCGGUUGUUAACGUGAAAUCGAUGGACAAUGCUUGCUUCGCAUGGUCUGUGAUAGCCGCUCUAUAUCCCGCAGAAAGAAAUUCAGAAAGGGAGUCAUCAUACCCUCAUUAUACAAACGUUCUGAAUUUCGAUGACAUUGAGUUUCCAAUCGCGUUAAAAGACAUUAAAAAAUUCGAGAGACUAAAUAAUAUUUCGGUCAACGUCUACGAGAUCCAAAAGGAUCAAACUGAAACCUAUAAAAUUCUCCCGCUAAGACUCUCCAACGACAAGAAGGAGAAGCAUGUUAAUCUGCUAUACGUGCAAGAUCUACGCGAAGACAACGUGGGACACUUUGCAUGCAUCAAGGAUCUGUCUCGUCUAGUGAGCUCACAACUCAGUAAAAAGGAACACAAAAAAUAUAUUUGUGACCGAUGUUUACAUUACUUUAGUUCUGUGGAAAAGUUGGAUGUCCACAGCGUAGAUUGCCAGAAAAUGAACGACUGCGCCAUCCAACUACCUACUGAAGACGAGAAAUGGCUGAGCUUCCGCAACAUCAACAAUAAGGAGCGUGUGCCGUUUGUCGUCUAUGCCGACCUAGAGUGUGCAUUGGAGAAGAUGGAGAAGGAGGAUAUGGAAAUAUCAUACCAACAGCAUCAUCAUCAAGUAUUUAGCUUGGGAUAUUAAGCACACUGUUCAUAC